AUGUUCCUGGCUGUUUUGUGCUGCCUGCUGUGGAGUUUCCCUAUUUCUAGUGGCCAUUUCCCUAGAGCCUGUGCCUCCUCUGAGAACCUGCUAGCAAAGGAAUGCUGCCCACCGUGGAAGGGUGAUGGGAGUCCCUGCGGCCGUCUUUCAGGCAGAGGAUCUUGCCAGGAUGUUCAUCUCUCCAAUGCACCAUCUGGGCCUCAGUUCCCCUUCAGAGGGGUGGAUGACCGGGAGGCUUGGCCCACUGUCUUUUAUAACCGGACCUGUCAGUGUUCUGGGAACUUCAGUGGAUUCAACUGUGGAAACUGCAAGUUUGGCUUUGGGGGCCCAAACUGCACAGAGAAGCGAUUUUUAGUGAGAAGAAACAUCCAUGAUUUGAGUGCUCCAGAGAAGGACAGAUUCCUUGCCUACCUCACUUUAGCAAAGCACACCAUCAGCCCGGACUAUGUCAUCCCCAUCGGCACCUCUGACCAAAUGAAAAACGGAUCAAUGCCCAUGUUUGCUGAUAUUAAUAUCUAUGACCUCUUUGUCUGGAUGCAUUACUAUGUGUCAAGAGACACGCUGCUUGGAAGAUCUGAAGUCUGGACAGACAUUGAUUUUGCCCAUGAAGCGCCAGGGUUUUUGCCUUGGCACCGACUCUUCCUGCUACUGUGGGAACAAGAAAUCCAGGAGCUGACAGGGGAUGAGAACUUUGCUGUUCCAUACUGGGAUUGGCGAGAUGCAGAAAGCUGUGACAUUUGCACCGAUGAGUACAUGGGAGGUCCGCACCCUGCAAUUCCUAAUCUACUUAGCCCAGCAUCCUUCUUUUCUUCUUGGCAGAUUAUUUGCAGCCGACUGGAGGAGUACAACAGCCACCAGGUGUUAUGUGACGGAACUCCGGAGGGACCACUGCUACGCAAUCCUGGAAACCACGACAAAGCCAAAACCCCAAGGCUCCCUUCUUCAGCGGAUGUGGAAUUUUGCCUCAGUUUGACACAAUACGAAUCUGAUUCCAUGGAUAGAGCUGCCAAUUUAAGCUUUAGAAAUACACUGGAAGGGUUUGCUAGUCCUCUUACUGGGAUAGCAGAUGCUUCUCAAAGCAGCAUGCACAAUGCCUUGCACAUCUACAUGAACGGAACAAUGUCCCAGGUCCAGGGAUCAGCCAAUGACCCCAUUUUUCUUCUUCACCAUGCUUUUGUGGACAGUAUUUUUGAACAAUGGCUCAGAAGACACCAUCCUCUUCAAGAAGUUUAUCCAGAAGCAAAUGCACCCAUUGGGCAUAACCGUGAGGCCUACAUGGUUCCUUUCAUACCUCUCUAUAGAAAUGGUGAUUUCUUUACCUCAUCUAAAGAUCUGGGCUAUGAUUACAGCUACCUACAAGAAUCAGAUCCAGGCUUUUUUCAAAACUACGUUGAGCCCUACUUGGAACAAGCCAGUCGGAUCUGGCCAUGGCUUCUUGGGGCAGCCCUGGUAGGGGCUCUCCUCACGGCUGCCCUGUGUGGCAUCGUUGGCAGGCUGCUGUGUAGUCACAAACGAAAGCAGCUCCCCGAGGAAAGGCAGCCACUGCUCCCAGAGAAAGACGAUUGCCACAGCUUACUCUACCAGAGCCGCUUAUGA